AGUAGACUUUUUGUCUUCGAGUGAGUUGUUGUCAAGGCUUUAUAGCAGAGCACCAGUUGGAAGUUUUACAGUUUUCUUGCUGGCUGCCAUGUCGGAUUCUUUGGACCGGUCCACAAAGAUCAACUCUGUGAUGGAGCCGGUGGUGAAGAAGCUCUGUGAGGUGUUGGACAAAUCCAGCACCAGAGGAUGGCGAAAACUCGGAGAGAUUGUUGGCAAUGACAGACGGUUUAAAGUCAGCUCAAACGACAUGGAGAUGUGCUCUCUGAAGGUGCUGGAGGUGGAGGGCAGCCCGAGCCGCAUGCUUCUGAGGCUGAUGGGAGAGCGAGGCUGCACCACAGGGCACCUGAUGGACUACCUCCAAACUCUGGGCAACUCAGAGGCCCUGCAGUGCCUGAAACCAUCAGGCUUGCAGAUCCUCAUUCAGCCCCAGUCAGUGGCUCUUAUGUCUGGUCACAAUCUCUGCCUCAGCUGCCACGCUGUGGGCAAAUCCCCAGUACAGUACCAGUGGUUCAAGAGUAAGGAGGAGGUGCCAAAUAGCUUCUCUCCAGACCUGGUGAUAAGUCCGGUCCAUCUGAAGGAUGCUGGUUUUUACAUCUGCAGGGUCAAUUGUGGAGAUACCUUUGAAUUCAGCCAGUGGGCUCAGGUGGACGUCCUAAACGUCAUCACGUCUUACGGGCAGUGUUAUCAAUCCUUAGAAGGUCGGCUGAAGUUGGUGAUCCAGCCUCAGCCCCAGCAGAUAAAUGUUGGGGAAACCCUCCAGCUGGAGUGUGGAGCUGUGGGACGUCCAAUCCCUCGGUACCAGUGGCACAGAAAUGGCGUCCCAAUCCCUAACACCACAAAGAGGAAACUUGUGAUCCCUCACGUGAUGCGGGAUCACCAGGGCAGGUAUCGCUGUGAGAUCAGCAGCAGCACCGAGAGAAUGUGGACCAAUGAAGUUGACAUAGUGAUAGCACCGAGGAUAUCUGUCCAGAUUUCAGGAGCAAUGGAGUGCUCGGAAGAUGAUGUUUACGCUAUUGGAGGAGUUUUAGAUUCCAGUGAAUUGGCCCUGAAUAGUAUUCCGGAACAUCUUUAUGCAACUGACAAAGUGGCCCUGCUGAUCGGCAACCUGUCCUACCAGAACCACCCACAGCUCAAAGCUCCUAUGGUGGAUGUGUACGACCUCUCCAACCUCCUGCAGCAGCUUAACUUCAAGGUGGUUUCACUGCUAGACCUCACAGAGUCCGAAAUGAGAAAUGCUGUUGAUGAGUUCCUGCUGCUGCUGCACAAGGGAGUCUAUGGCCUGCUGUACUACGCUGGUCAUGGAUAUGAGAACUACGGCAACAGUUUCAUGGUUCCUGUAAAUGCACCAAACCCGUACCGGUCAGCCAACUGUUUAUGUGUGCAGAGCAUCCUUAAACUGAUGCAGGAGAAGGAGACGGGCCUCAAUGUUUUUCUGCUGGACAUGUGCAGGAAGAGGAAUAUUCAUGAUGACAGCGCACCAAACAUUGUCCUGAGGGUUACAGCAAACAUUGUCUUCGGAUAUGCUACGUGCCAAGAUGCUGAGGCCUUUGAGCUGAGCUCCAGUGGCUUCACUAAUGGUGUGUUUGUCAAGUUUUUGAAGAAGCGACUGCUAGUAGAUGAGAAGAUCACUGUGGUGCUGGACAAAGUCGCUGAGGACAUGGGCCAGUUUGAUGCUACGAAGGGGAAGCAGGCUCUGGAAAUCCGCAGCAGUCUGUCAGAGAAGAGAGCUCUGACUGACCCAAUUCUGCCCGGUGACAGUGUUGAUCUCGCUCACAGCCGUCAGUGGGCAAAGGCUCACGAGCUUCCUGAGGCUAUGUGUCUCACCUUCGACUGCGGGGCUCAGAUCAAGCUGGGCUUUGCUGCGGAGUUCUCCAACGUGCUCGUCAUUUACACUCACAUCAUUAAGAAGCCUGUGGACAUGUCGUUCUGCCAAGCUCACGUCACUGACUUCUCACAGGACCUUGACGUGGAUCCUAAAGAGAUGAACAGAGAGACUCCGGAGGAGACGGGGAUCUACCUACUGUCCAGCAGCCUGCCACAGCACUGUCUCUACACCAGGAUCAGCUCACUGCAGAAACUCAGGGACGAGCUGGUCUUCACUGUGUGCCUUCAGGGCACCUUCAGAGCCAUGGAUGACGAUCCUGUUCACUGGACCAAAAGCAUCAACAUCGGAAAGCCACUGAUCGCCCGACUGGACCUGCACCAGGCCAUGCGGAGAAAUAGUUGCUUGCAGACUUGCAUGAUGCCCCACAGCCCGUCCCACAGCCCCUGUCACAGCCCUGGCCCUGAACACCACCACCACCUCCAUCACAGGCUGCACCAGGCCCAGGACUACAACCGGCUCUCCCCACAGCACCACUACCUAGACAUCUGCGAGCGUCUUCAGGGUGCAGUGGGAGGCUCCUACUAUGAAAAUCUUAGCCAGUGUCACUGUGAGCCAACGUAUGACUCACCUGGUGGGCUUUCAAGCUCACCCAGCAUUCCUAUAGAGGCCAGCGACGACAUCAACGAGCUGCAGACUGUGUUCAUUAACAGUCUGCAGCUUCAGCAGCAGUGAACAGCUACUGGCUCUCAGUGAUAUUUUUCAGAGGAGAAACUGUCUUUCUAAAUGUCUUUAAUGGUGUAUCUGGAAUACUGCUGCUCUUUCAGUUAUAUGUUUUGACCUCAAAGGAUUCUUUUUAGAAUUUUUAAACUUCUAAGCAUUAUUUGCUUCAACAAGCUGUAAACUGACCUGACAUUUACAUUUUGUAAAUAAACUUUUAGAGUAAC